AUUUGAAGUGGUGUAGAAAAUUUGUAAAAAAUUGCAAAGAUAAAGAUUUGGCAAAAUAAAAUUCGCAGUGUUUUUAAGAAAAAUUGUUAUUUUAAAUAAAGUAACAUGGAUUUGGUUAUUACGCCAGAGCCGCAUUAUAUUCCAGGCUAUACUGGUCAUUGUCCACAAUUUCGCUUUCGUGCUGGUAAAACAUAUGGCAAAUUAACACAUAAAUUACUUAUCGAUCCAUGUGUCAUACAUGCGCCCGAACUAAUUGUGACACCCUCAAAUCGCGCGCCUAUUUCACUGGUUUACCCCACCACAAUUGAAAUCGAGCUCCUGAAUAGACGUGAAAAGUAUGUGGAUCCCGUUUAUCGGCAUCCCAUCAUACCCGGUUAUGAUGGUUUCGUACCAAAUCUGGCAUCGAAAGUUGGCAAACGUUAUAUUGCAGCCGCGACAGCUGGUAUGGCGGAACAUGAAUUGCUAAUGGAUCAGUUGCGUUGCGAACGUAGAAAUUUAACACACCGCGAUCUAUUGGGUAGUGGAUUUGGAGUGUUUGAAAGUAAAAUGAACGAGCGCAUGCUACCUUAUACACAUUAUCGGUCGCCAUUAAUGCCGGUGAAUGCACGUUCCAAAGCCUUUAAAAAAUUGGAUUGUAGUUUUGCGGAGAAGAAAGAGCCUUACUCCAAGUCUACUGUGCCGCAUUUCAUGGAAAAUGAUGAUGAGGAGAAAUAUAUUGUUAAUGGUUACGGUGGUCACAUACCGAUGGCGUUGACACGUUUUGGCGAAACUAGCAAACAACUUACUAACAGUGCACUAUGCGAAUUCACCAAUAAUUACCACCACAGAAGAAGCGCUGAGUGGUGUCCACAAGAAAAUGCCGGUAUUGGAAGUUCAUGUCCGAAUACCGGGCAUUUUGUCAUCUACCAUCGUACGAUUGGCAUGGUGCCCAAAUACGCAGGUCACGUGCCUGGUGAGACUUUUACAUUCGGGCGUACAUUUGGUGAUGCUACGGUAGAUGCAAAGCAUUGGCUGGCACUGCAUAAGGACUAAGCACAUAUAUAAAUAUUAUUUGUGCGUAUGAAAACAAUAUUAAAAAUUUGUAAUUUCUGUAAUUAGUCCAUUUUGUGGCUUGUGAUAACAUAAAUAUUAUUUUUGUUGUAAAUUAAGUAGUUAGCAAAAAUGUAUGUACAUUAAAAUAAGAAAAAAUUAACAGUUUUUAAGUAUAUAAACAA